AUGGUCAAGGACGGAGUCUGCUCUGCUCUCCCUUCCGAGAACAUGAGCAAGGCUUCCUUCAAGGAGGUGAUUCAAGAAUCCACGGUCAAGAAGCAAUGCCCCUUUAGCGCCGAGGGAUUCGAUCUCCUUGAAUGGAUGCAUCAGAUGGAAGAUGCUCUGACUGAGGUGCAUUCAAGUGACGACGAGGUCGAAGAGGAAGAAGUUCUCUCCCAGGCGAAGGAGUCCUUUCCCGAGCCUGUCGAGCAAGACGACUUCCGCAAGACCGCCAGUGCUCCUCAAAGCCGCGGCUACGAGUUGCUCGAGGUCGACGACUUCCCCCUCUUCAAGACUCUCAGUGCUCCCAUGUCUGUGACCAAGCUUCAAUCAACGAUUGCCGGCGGAGAGUUUGAGUUUGCGACGUUCAGUCGACCAGAUCGCACGCGAGCAGAGUACAACAGAGCUGUGGGACACUUUGCAAAGCAGUGA